AUGUCGAAGAAGGUCGUGACGAAGAAGAAGGCACAGCCUCCACGAUCGGCCGCAGCAGAGAACGGGGCUACACCUGUCGUCGCACCGAAGGAUGUUCGUGUCGCCCAACAGUUGCGCGUGCUUGAGACCGUGGCUGCAAAGGGCGAUGCUGACGAGAAAAAGUAUUCCCCUCGAGCAGAGAGGUACAUCCAGCAGCUGCAUGGUGUGCUCGACUUUUUUGAGUACUCCCGAAAUGACAUCGCUGUCUUGGUCCGGAAGUGUCACUACGACGAGAACCAGAUCCAGAUAGCUGUUGCCAACAUCGUCGAGGACCGUUCAAACCAUGGCCAAGAUCAAUGGGAGACAGUGGGGCGCAAGAAGCAGACGAAGGAGAAGAAGAAAGCCAAGGACGAGGAGGCGGAGGCAGAGGUGGAUGUCAAGAGCGAUCACCCUCCUGGGCAUAGACAGGACUACGUGAGUCAAGAACAGGACGAGUGGUCAACGGUGAAGAACAAAAAGCAAGCCAAGGAAGAGCGCAAACUAAAGGAAGAGGAGGAGAAGAAGGAACACGACAAGAAAGAACAGUUCAUCUCGCCGAAGGACCGAACACCCCUUGAACCUGACGAGUGGUCCACGGUAAAGAACAAGAAGCAAGUGAAGGAGCAGCGAAAGAUCAAGGAGGAGGAAGAGAAAAAGGAGCAGGAGAAGAAAGACCAGGAGCGACAGCUGAAGGAGGAGGAGAACAAGCGCCGAGAAGCCGAGAGGAAAGCUGCGGCAGAUGCUCGCGAAGCAGAGCUUGCCAAAGCUCGAGAAGCACCCGUGAAUGGCGUAGCCGCCCCAAAGUCUCUCCCAAAGGCAGGCAAAGGCGGAGGAGGCAAGGGGGCCGGCAAGAAUGGCUUCCACCACGAUACGUCCUCAGCUUCGGCCCUCCCGCCGGACCCGGCCAUCCUCUUUGCUGGGCCCAAGCCGGAGCAAAACGGUGACCACAAGGAGGAGACGAAGCCGAAGGAGAAGGAGCAGGAGAAGCCGAAGCAGAAGGAGGCAGAGAAGCCCAAGGAGAAGGAGGUAGAGGAGAAGCCGAAGGAGAAGGAGCCUGCGAAAGAGGAGAAGGACACGAAAGACAUGAAGGACAAGGAGGUGGACAAGGAGCGAGAGAAGAUCAGGGAGAAGGAUGCAGAAAAGGACAAAGAGAAGGACAAGGAGCACUGGCAAGGCGGCCAGUGGUGGGAAGGCUCUGGCGAGAGAUGGAACAAGAGUUGGGACUGGGAGUCCUGGCGUGAAGAUGAUGGAGCAAAGCCUCAGAAUGGCCGCUGGGAGUGGAACAAGAAGUGGAACGACUGGGACAAGUCGCAACAGGAUAGUGAUGGUUGGUGGGGGAACGAUUGGAAAAGAGGACGGAGUUGGUCCUGGCAGAGGAAGGACAAGGACGAUGCUCGAGGUUGGCAAAGAAAAGAAGCGCACGGUGCAAGAAGCGACAGAGCUGAGACAACAGAAAGGCCUGGGGCACCCUUGCCCUCAGGUCUGGGUCUGGCCAUGUCUAAAAAGGUCGUGACCAAGAAGAAGGCGCAGCCGCCGGCUGCCACGAUAGAAAACGGGGCGCCACCUGCUGCCGCUCCGGCCAGCAACGAUGUCCGCGUUGCCCAGCAGCUUCGAGUUCUCGAAACCGUUGCGGCAAAGGGCGAUGCUGACGAAAAGACGUACUCUCCGCGAACUGAGAGGCAUAUCCAGCAGCUGACGGAUGUCCUUGACUUUUUCGAAUACUCCCGAAACGACAUUGCUGCCUUAGUUCGGCGGUGUCAUUACGAUGAGCAUCAAAUUCAGGUAGCUGUGGCCAACAUUGUCGAGGAUCGUGCAAACCACGAGCAAGAAGAGUGGGGCACAGUGAAAAACAAAAAGCAAGCCAAGGAGGAGCGAAAACUUAAGGAAGAAGAGGACAAGAAAGAGCAAGAACGUCUUGAGAAAGAGCAGGAGAAGCAGCGCCGCGAAGCGGAGAGGAAGGCAGCCAAAGAAGCUAGAGAAGCUGAGCGCGCAAAGCGUGGAGGCAAAGGCGGCAAAAAUGGUACCGAGCCAGAAAUGCCAGCAGCUUCCCUGCCACCCGAUCCCGCGAUCCUCUUUGCUGGGACGAAGCAGAGCAGCGAUGAUCAAGAGUGGCAGGGUGGUGGACAAUGGUGGGAAAGCGGCGGCAACGCAUCAUGGAACAGCAAGAGCUGGGAGUGGGAGUCCUGGCGAGACGACUGGAACAGCUCGAAAGGGCAGGCCGAAGAUGGCUGGUGGGGCGGCCAGUGGGAAAAGGCUGGCAGCCGCAGAAAAGGCUACAAGGACAAGAAAGAGCCGGUAGCCGAGGAGGACGAUGACGGAGAAGGUGUUCUAUGGGACAUGCCAGACACUUCCGCGCAGCCAGAUGGAGAGGGUGGCCUGGAUCAGUGGACACUGGGCCACCUUCCGGUGCACGAGCGGAUGAUGGAGGGCGAACAGACAUUGGGCAUGCCAAAGGCUUUGCCGGAAAAUGCUCUAACUUUGGAGGAGCUGGAGCGCGAUCACUUGGCGGCGCCGGCAGCGCCGCCUGUGGUGCCUGCUCCUCCGAUGCCACAGGCAUCUCCGCAAGUUUCGGCUCCGAUGCCGAACGUGGCACCACCCACUACGAAGCCGCUACUCGACAGCCUGCCACCGCAGCAGGACAUCCUUGCCGCGCUUGGCAGCCAACCAGUUGUGUCGCCCGGCUCUGUGCCCGUUGCAGAUGACAGAGGGGACAGACAGGACCGUGGCGAAAAAGGUCGCGGGAAAGGGGGCAAGAAGGGAAAAGGUGAACGAGACCGAACAGAGGGCGAGAAGGAGCGUCUAGAGCGAAUCGAUCGCUCCGACGAUCCUCGCCGCCAAGCGGUGGAGCAGGUCGGUGAGGUGGUCACCGUGCGGAAACAUAGCUCGAUGGGCUGCGCGGUAGUCUCGAUGACAGAUGUCAGAGUGAGACAGGCCAUAGUGGAAGAGGGCAACGAGUGCGUCAUCAAUGGAAUCAAGGUCCAAAUCAAGCCGCACACGAACAAGGAGACCAAGGAAGAGGUACUUACAGACUUGUUCGUGGCCUGGGGAAGACAGGCGGAGAAGCAGAAUCCGCUGUCAGAGCAGACAAUUGCUAAGUACUUCGACACCAGGCACAAAGAAAUAACCGGCGGAUGGAAGGCAGCCGAAGAGGAGAAGCUCCGCGCAGAAGAGCAGGAGCGUCGGCAGCAGGAGCAAGUCCUCAGAGAGAGGACGGAGCAGCGACGGCGCUACGAAGAACAGCAAGAGCAACUCCGCCGGCAGCAGGAGGCAAGCGCGGGGACAGAAUCGAUAAACAGAGGAUUGUGGCCAGUGCUGUGA